CAUACCUACUUAUAAUCAAAACAGAUACCACAAUAACAAAUCACAAAUGACAAAACCCAGCUGCAAAAAUUACCUAGAUACAAAAUCACGUCAUCAGACAGUAGCGAGUGUUUUUUCUACACAUACAGACACAUUUAAUUUGACGCAGAAUACCACUUUACAAUUUGUUUAUACCUAGUGAAAUUUCAGGAAUAUUGGAAUGAAAAAUUAAAUCAUGAUGAAUUUGGUAACAAAAUUCGUGUGGUUUGGUUUCCUCUUUGGCUCCAUGUGGCAUUGCGAAUCGGAAAAUUCCCUACCGAAAAAUAUCAGCAUAGAUCAUUACCUUCAACUUCAACACGAUAUGAUAUCAGCAGUAAGAAAUCACUUGAAUCACGAACAUCAAAGAUUGGAUUCAUUACAAAAACAGCUAAGCGAAUGGAAAUCUUGGCGAAAAUCGUAUUUUGGUAAAGAAAACGAAUAUAUCACAGUCCCUCAAAAUAUCUUUCAUCUUUUCAAGAACAUGACUCUAGAGUUAGAUAAUGUGGAAAAAAUAAUAAGGAAUAAUAGCCAUAAUGAUACCAUAGCACAGGUUCACAUAGAAGCCCCAACAAAGCAACAUUUGGAGAGGGUCAUCAUGUCUUUGAUUGAUCUCCAGUACACGUACGAUAUUAAACCUGAGAAUAUAAUGAAAGGCGAAUUUAUAACCAACAUUUUUGUACCAGUCGAGACUUGCCUAUCUAUUGGAGAAGCUUGUUCAAAAUACAACGAACACAAGUGUGUCGUGGAUUGGUUAAACGCGACCAUUCCUUAUACCACAGAUCAGGAACAUCUCAAAAAAAUAUAUAGACUGAUGUAUAAUUCAUAUCUGUUCUUAAACAACACAGAAGAAACUUACACCUUCGCUGACCAUUACCUAGGUCUCGAACCACUCGAUAUCCCCGCAAAUGACGUUAAAAUAAGCUUGGGAGAUCAACUGGGAAAAUCACAUUAUUUAGAUCCUACGAUAGUUGAAAGUCACAAAGUAUGCAGAGGGCUUUACAAACAAAUGAUGGAUGCUCGAAAUCUCAAAUGUAGAUACAAUCACGUGAAUUCCUCGUUUCUCAAAAUCGCUCCUUUGAAAGAGGAAGAACUCAACGAUUAUCCGAAAAUAAUUCGUUAUUACGAUGCCAUUUACGAAUCGGAAAUAAACACUUUGAAAACCAUUGCCACAGAUAAGCUGAUGACAUCAACGGUUUAUGGAAAUGAUGGUCAAAAACGAGUAACCGGUUUCAUCUAUCGUAUUAGCCAGACAGCUUUUAUUGAUAACCGGUUGCCAGAGUUGUCAUUGCUUUUCGAAAGAAUUCAAGACAUGUCUGAUUUAUCUCUCGAAAACAGCGAGUGGUGGCAAGUGGUGAAUUAUUCGCCAGGAGGAUUCUAUAGAGUGCAUUCUGAUUAUUUGCCAACACAUGGCGAUUAUGUAAACACAAGUGGAAAUCGAAUUGCAACGUUAUUAUUCUAUCUGAACGAUGUUCCAUUGGGAGGAGAAACAGUUUUCCCAAAACUCAAGUUGGCGAUAAGUCCAGUAAAAGGAUCAGUUCUUACUUGGCAUAACGUUUUACCAGAUGGUUCAGAAAAUUCAUUGACCUAUCAUAGUGCAUGUCCAGUAAUUAUUGGAGAAAAAUGGAUAUUCACACAAUGGAUUCGUGCAAAAGGUCAGAAAAGUCUUCGAAAUGUCUAUGGAAAAUACGUGUCGAAUCGUACUAAAAAGAAAACCACGUAAUUGUGAAAAUAUUUUUUUGUUCGCAUGAUCAUUAAAAUUCACAAGUUCCAAUUGUUCAACUGAUUGAAAUAAAAAACCAGGAGAUGAUUAAAAAUGGAUUAAAUUAUUAUAUAAUUUAAAAAAUAAAACCU